GGUAUUUUAGUAAAUUCGGACUGCCAUUGUAGUCAAUCUCUAUCCACUUCGUGAUGAAAUAACUCUCUCAGUCUCUCUCUCUUUCUCAGACUUCGUAUUUGUCGAAGCAAAACCCAGAGAGAAGUUGUAUUGUAUCACCAACUCUGGUAGCUUUCUCUCUCUAAAGCUUUCAAUUUCUAACUAUCCAUUUCAAAACACUUCAACUUAAACCCUUCACCAAUCACCACUGCUCUCUCUCUUCACUCUUCUUCCAACUCACUCUUUUUCCACUGCUUCAAUUAAUAAUAAUUCACUCUACUCCAUCAUUCAACCCCAACAUUUUAUUUUUGUUCUGAUUUCAAACCAUAAUCCAUUUCUAAUUCACUCUUUUCUUUCUUGUUAUAAAUAUUUCGACCUAAAUCUCCACAACCUAAUUUCGGAAUCCACCCACUAAACUUGCAUUUCUUCUAUGGAAUCUGAAAACGGGGUCAAUUUGGAAGAUGAGAAAUGUGUUGUUGAGGGAAACCAAGUUGAAGAACCAGUGAAUAAUUUGGAUAAUGAGGGCCAGAAUGCUGAUCUUGAGGAUAAAUCUCUCACCAUGAAUGGAAAAUCUGAACCUGUGGCAGUCACUGCUGAUGGCGUAGAUUCUGCAGGUGAGGCGGUUAAGGCCUCUGUGACUGCUCCACCGAGUAAAAAUUCUAAAACUACAAAGGAUUCUCAUGCUUCAAACAAUGGUUCCUCUAAGAACAGCAAAAUUAUUAAGGAAAAGAUUUUAAAAAGCACCACUCAGUCCUCUAGAAACCAGAAAGGGAUUCUUUCUCAGAGUUUUUCCUUCCCAGCUAGAGGAGCUCGGGCUGAUGGAAUGAAGAAAAGUGUGGAUGGGCUACCUGUGAAAAGAGAAACCAAACAAGCUCGAGCAAAUGGAACCAAACCUGAACCUUCUUUUGCCAAUGGAACAGUCACUUCAUUUUCUUUAAGUCGCCCAAAUAGGCGUUCAACUGUUGCAGGAGUACAAUUGAAGGAAGGAAACAAACCUAAUGGGGCUACUUCCCGGAGGGCUACAUUGACAUCAAUUCCUAGCAACAAGCAAUCUACAUCUGGGAAGAUUGGCUCUGUUAGUGAAACUGCUAAUGACCCUUCAUCUGAAACCUCAUUAUCAAUUGAUAACAGCUCAGUUCCUGUCACAGCAGCACAGCAAAUAAAAGAGGAGGAUGAUACAUACUCCACUACUUCAAGUACAACUGGUGGUCGGAGAAGCAAUGCUGCAGGAUUUGCUUUUAGGCUGGAUGAACGUGCUGCAAAGCGGAAGGAGUUCUAUACAAAGCUUGAGGAGAAGAUUCAGGCCAAGGAGGAGGAAAAAUCUACCUUACAAGUGAAAUCGAAGGAAAGCCAGGAGGCUGAGAUCAAGCAACUGAGGAAGAGUAUGACAUUUAAAGCCUCCCCAAUGCCAAAUUUCUAUAAAGAGCCACCUCCAAAAGUUGAACUUAAAAAGAUACCAACUACACGUGCGAAAUCUCCCAAGCUUGGAAGGAAUAAAAUCUCCAAUCUUUCAGUGAGCAACUCUUCUGAAGGAGGUGUUUCUUUAGGCCAGCCUCUGAACCAAAGCCAGAACAAUGGGAACAAGGGGUACGAAAAAGAAGUUACAGAGCCAAAGAAACCAAUCAAGAAGUCACAAGCUAAGGUUCAUUCUCAGGAAACUGUGGCUAAUAAAAUCCAGCCAAAGCCCAUCAAGACAAAGAAAACAAAAUCAGUUGGCAAAGAAAGACAAAUUCAGAAAGAAGCCAUACCAGAAUCCGAACAGUUGAAUGAGAAAAUAGACCAAGAUCCUGAAACAAAUGUCACCGGUGAGAACAUUGAUCAUGUACUUGUUGUGCCUGCUGCUCAUGAGAUCAUGCCUCAGGAAGUUACAGUGGGUGUGUGAGGACAAAUUUUCUGAUACAUCAUUGUGUUUAUACUUUUGAAAAGAUGCUAUGUUAAAGCUCCAAAUUGUUGUGAAUAUAGCGGUUAUUGAAUCACUGGUGAAAGUGUCAUUUAUUUGUUACUUUGAUGGUUAAUGUAAUUACUGGUGUGCUUUAUAAAGUUAUAGAAUCAUUAUUUGGGAA